AUGGCAUUAUUCUCAACUAAUCUCAAGGUCCUUGUCAUCCAUCAUGACACUAUUCUUCUUGAUCAAAUUCAAGAAAUGUGUGAUAGAUUUCAUUAUCUAGUAACCAAAUGCACUUCACCUUCUUAUGCUUUUAAUCUUCUUGCAGAAAGUAAUGGUUACUUUGAUAUAUUGUUGAUUGAUCUUUGUAUGCCAAACAUGGAUUCUUAUAGCUUUGUUCAAUAUGUAACCCUACACCACAAAAUCCCUGUCAUUGUGAUUUCUUCUGAUGCCACAAGAAGUUCUGUCAUAAAGUCUAUUGUUAAUGGCGCCUGUGGUUACUGGCUUCAACCUUUACAUGAAAAACAAUUCAAGACUAUGUGGCAACAUGCUGCUAGAAAAACUUUGAUGGAGAAUAAAGAACAUCAAGAUCUUGGACUCUUGAAGGUUCGAACUGAUAAAGAACCUGAAGUUCUUGGAUUCUUGGAGACUCAAAGUCAUCCAGAAGAUGAAAAUCUUGAAAUCUUGAAAGCUCAAAGCCAUAAAGAACACGAAGUUCUUGAAAUAUUGGAGGCUCCUCGACAUGCAAAAAAGAGUCGGUUAUCAUGGACACAGCAACUGCAUCAACAGUUUGUAAAUGCUGUGAACCAACUUGGCUUAGAUGAGGCAAAACCUAGAAAUAUUCUCAGAAUUAUGGAUGUUACUGAUUUAACAACAGCACAAGUUGCAAGUCAUUUGCAAAAGUAUAGGAAUUAUUUGAAGAGACCGUCUUGUGGAAAAAGGUCAAAGAAAAGUCCAAGAAUUGAGAUUCCAGCUGAGUGUAUUAAUAAAACAUCAUUAGAAUCUGAAGAUGCUCACUCAAUGUUACAACAAGACCAAAGUUCUCAACUGAAUUCAACUCUUCAUAGUCAUAAUAUCUUUGAAACACAACAACAAUCAUAUGAUGUUACUAACUAUCAUCCAGUUUCUGACAUUUGCUACAGUUAUGAAACACAACAGCAUUCAAUAGAUGUCGGCGAUGGUCGAGUCUCCGACAUUAUGAGCAACGAUUUUCCUGAUCCAUCUGACGUGCUCUUUGAUUUAGAUGAGUUAAUAUCAUUAUUAAUUUGA